UAGAUGAUCUCAGGAUUAAUAUAAGAUUCCAGUCCCUUAUAGCAUUUCUGUCUGAAACUUAUAGAUUAGUCAGUCUUAUAUAUAUUCUAAUCUUAGCUUUAUAAAUGUAAUGCCCAUGUACUUCUAAGCCAGCAUGUUCUUUUAUCAAAGCCUUAUUCUAAUAAUAUAUUAAUAUCUAGACUUGGCAACUUCAUAUUAAUCUGUGAAACGAGAGGAUCCUGUUUAACUUGAUUUGGAUGCUGCUGCAAGAUCUUACAAGGAAGAACUUUCAUUUAUUGGGCCUGCUCGAUCGUAUGAUGCUGCCAGGUUUAGCAGUGGACAGAAGUGGACAGAAGCGGCAGAAGUGGACAGAAGUGGACAGAAGUGGACAGAAGCAGCAGGAGUGGACAGAAGUGGACAGAAGUGGACAGAAGCGGCAGAAGUGGACAGAAGUGGACAGAAGCGGCAGAAGUGGACAGAAGUGGACAGAAGUGGACAGAAGUGGACAGAAGUGGACAGAAGUGGACAGAAGUGGACAGAAGUGGACAGAAGUGGACAGAAGUGGACAGAAGUGGACAGAAGUGGACAGAAGUGGACAGAAGUGGACAGAAGUGGACAGAAGUGGACAGAAGUGGACAGAAGUGGACAGAAGUGGACAGAAGUGGACAGAAGUGGACAGAAGUGGACAGAAGUGGACAGAAGUGGACAGAAGUGGACAGAAGUGGACAGAAGUGGACAGAAGUGGACAGAAGUGGAGAGUGGACAGAAGUGGACAGAAGUGGACAGAAGCAGAGAUGUGCACAGAAGUGGACAGGAGUAGACAGAAGUAGACAGAAGUAGACAGAAGUGGACAGACUAAUUAGAUAGAACCGGAUAGGUGGUACAGAUCAGGGUACUACAGAGUACUUUACAG